AUGCAAAACGACGUUUACAGAAACCCAGAAAAGUCACCUGACUCUUCCCCUUUAAACAACAGGAAUUUUUCAAAUGAAAAUUUAACGGAAUUCUCGUCAAGUCCUUUAUUAGUCCCUUUAAGAACCAAAUUCAGAUCAUCUCGAGUCCGAGAAGUAAACGGAUGACGAAAACAACGGCCAAUUGAAGAGGCAAAAAAUGAGCUAUCAAUUGGAUCAAACCUGCCUUAUCAAGUCCGCAGUAAAAGUGAGAUAAAUAAAGCCCCAAGGUAUCCGCAUCAUGAAAAGCUACCGAGAAUAAUAGAUGUCCCAAGGACAAAACAUAAUUCCACAAAGCAACAGAAAUAUGUAUCAUUUGUGCCUGGAGUCCUGCAUGAGUUUCCUUUAGAAUCAUUAGCAUCAUUUGGAAGUGAUGACCAUAGGAAAUCAGUAGAAAGUGUACUGUAUAUGUCGCCGAAGUUAAAUAGAGAAAAUUCAGUGCCUGCACUGACAAGAAUAAAGGACACAAAUUUUAAAAAUAUUCUUUUUAUUAUAAAAAAUUAUUAUAUAAAAAAAUAUGCCGAUAUUUUUUGCAUAAAAAUAGAAUUUCAGACAUUAAUAAUAUGGAAUAAGGGGGUUAUAAAGAAUAGCUCCUCAGCUGUCAGAUAUUGAAAGCUCUUAUCCUAAAGAAUCAAUGGAUUCUGGAGACAUCACAAGCUAUAUCACAAAAAUCCAAAAUUUAGGAUCACUUGAAAGCCAGAGAGCUAGCGGCUCAAAAAAGCAUUCAAAAGAAUUGAAAGAAACCCCAAGGAUUAUUUACUCACCUAAAAAAGUAUCAAGAGAGCCUGGAAAAUUGUCAUAUGUAGAAUUAUACCCAUUUUCAGAAAAUAACGAAUUUAUCCAUGAAAUUCACCAAAAAUUCCCUGGGCUACACAUAGACAUUUUGUCAGUGAAGUUCAGAAAUCAAGAACUCCAAACCUCGUUUAUGGACGAAAUUGAUAAAUCUGCUAAAGAAGAGCUGUUUCAUGCCCUUUUUGACGGAAACUUAGACCGAGAAACCUCUUUUGAGCUUCACCAAGACAAAGCGACUACUUUAUUAGAUUUAUUUUUAAAAGCACUGCUCAAAGGAGAAAUAAAAAAUAAAAAAGACGCUCAAGAAUUCGUAGAUUCCCAGAUACAGUCAGGAGUUCUAAUAGAAAGAGACUCAAUAAGCUCAGCCAAGUCUUCUCACAACAGAAGACAGUCAAAAUACUUGUUGACACAAACCAAAAGCCUUUCCUCAAAUGAAGAAAAUAUCAUGAUAAAUAACCCAGAGCCAGAAAGAGAAAAAACAGCCCCUUGGCUGUCAAGAAAUUCUUCUAUUAAUAACCAAGUGGCUAUCCAGCCUAAUGUGUCUGAUUUAUUAAAUGUAGAAAUCAAAGAAGAUUUAUCAUUAGAAGAAGAAAAAACUGUAAGGAGAAACAGCUUGGAUACAGUUGAAAAUUUUGAAAAAAAUAUGGCUGAGAUUGAAAAAAUAAAAGAAAAACAUAAAAGUUUAGUCCCAAAUAAGCCAAAACUAGACAGCAAAGAGGAAAAUAAAUCCCCAGAACUCCCACAGCUUAAUAUUGAAGGGCAGUCUAUUAGUUUUGAAAGGCGCAGCGACGACUCGAGAGACUCAGAAAAAAAAAUUACUGGGUUUUCUAGCAAUAGGUCAAGCUCCAGCCCUCUUGCAAAACAUCGGCGCAUUGACAGUGCAUCUAAUUUAGCAGAUACUUCUGCUGAGUCUAAAAAUUUAAAUAUAUCUAUAGUUGGAAAUGCAGGUCUUGAAGAAAAUAAUUCAAAAUUUUUAGUUUUGCCUACAAUAAAAAGUGAACAAAAUACCCCAGCUGCAGAAAAAAAAGAAAUUCCGAAAUUUGUGGAAAAUGUAGAUAGGCUUCAAGCAAGUCCUAGUAAAUCCUCUAAACGCUCUGAUAAAGAGAUACUUAAAUCUGACUCUAGCACAAGGUCAAAAUCAGUUAAAAAAAGGGUAGAAUUCAGCCAAAAAAGCACGGUUUCUUCUCCGACAAAGAAAAAAAAUACAAAGACGUCAAGAUUAAAAACGUCGAAAAAUGAAGAAGGAAAAAAAAAUAAAAAAAACGAAGGGGAUGAAAGUGAGGAAGGAGAAGAACCAAAGGAAAAAAUAAAAGCAAUUGAUAAAUUCAUAAAGAAUUUCACAGGAUCUUUACUAAGUUUAGUACAGCAAGUGAAAGAUGGAAUGUUUGAAGAACAUAUUUUUGCUGAAAAAGAGCCAGAGGAUGAGGUUGAAGAAAGUAAUGAUAAUAAACAAGCUACAGAUAAUAGCAAUUCAGGAAUAGUGGAAACCGAGAUUAGUGUCAAUAAAGUAGAAAGUAAAAAGGCAGGUGCAAAAACUAGGAAAAUGGUUAAGAAAAAAACGCCUAAGCCAACGGUUAAAAAUAAUGAAGAAAUACAGAAUAAAGAAAAAAAAGAAGAAUCGCUAAAAGAAGAAGAAAAAGUUGUGGAGAAAGAAGAAAUAGAACAAAACGGAGAAAACCCAUCAAAAAUAAAAAAAGAACCAAAAACUAAAAACCCUGAAAAUGCUAAAAAGCGGCCAUCUCAAUAUUUUACUAAAAAACGAGAAAAUAUACCUAUUAAUUUCCUAACUAACCCCGUUAAAUUGUUGUUUCUUUUAAAAGGGAUUAAUUUAUUUUUUGAAAAAAAAAAUUAAUAUAAAAUUUUCAUAAAAAAUUACUAUAAUAUAAUAAUUUUAAAUUUAAUUAUAAAGAAUAAAAAUAUGCUUGAUUCAGCGAUCAAAUUAUUUAAAUAGCUUUCUACUUUCACUCUACCAAUUAAAUUUGGGCAAAACUAAUUUUAUAAAAUUUUUUUUUUAUGUAUAACAUUUUCCAUUAAAUAAUUUAACCAAAAAAUAGAAAUUUUACCCAUAUUCCAAUUUAAAGAGGGGAGUAAACAACUCAAAGCCCCGUCAAACAGAUUCUUCAGAAGGUGAAGUAGAGUUCGACACAAGCCAAGAAAAAGAAAGCAUCAGCAGAUCUCCAAUAUCUUCCAGUGCUUCCCCUGUUCACAAAAUCGUAAAUCCUGCUGAUUUGAUUAGAUUAUUAUAAGUUUGAAUGGGUCUUCGGGUUGAUUUUAGCCCCAUUCCGCCUUCGCCGACUUCAGUCUCCUCGCACUAGUCAUCGGUUUGCACUUGUGCCCUUUUUUUCGAAAUCACCAAAAAAUGGUGACGUCGCCAUCUCUCGAGGAGACGCACCCAGGCACUUCUUUGGGCAACUCCUAGCGGUCGACAUGAUCUAUGCGGGAUGGAAGAUAGGACAUGACCUCGAAUCCUCCUUCUGGCUACCAUUGCCCUUCUCAUCCAGAAGUGUGGAGUCGUCACAUGAACUCUAAUUUCCUUGUCUACAGUACAGGGUAAAAAUAUCCCGACCAGGGAAAAAAACUCUCCCUGGACAAAAGUUCCAGGCUCCAGCCUUCCUAAAAUCUAAAAACUCCGGGUAUGGGAGAAGUAUGGUCAGAAGCUACCAAUUUAUUGUCUAAAUCCUGCUGAAGAACGUGAAAAGCGAAGCGUUGAAUAUACGCCCUUCCUAUAGAUGGCGCGCAAUGCGCCAUCAUCGGGCCAUGUCGGGAGAGGGUUCUCCACGAGGAAUGGUUCCACGUGUGGAACCCUCUUUUUGGCUCGUGGAAAAAGAGGGUUCCACACGUGGAACAUUUCCUCGUGGAGAACCCUCUCCCGACAUGGCCCGAUGAUGGCGCAUUGCGCGCCAUCUAUAGGAAGGGCGUAUAUGAGCUAAAACACAUGAAUUUAAUGAGCCAAAUGGCCAAAGAGCUUUUAGUCUCCCAAAAAGCAAUCCCAAACACUUCCAAUUUACUAAACUCUGCUAGCUCAGAAUUUUUCAAAAACAUAACACCUGCAAAAAAGAGUGCUAGGCAGCCAAUUAUCCCUCAGAUUACUGAAGAAUAUAUAUCAGAAGAAGAGGAAAAUCCAUGAGAAGAAGAAAGAGAUGUUGACGAGGAGCUAGAAAUUAUGUUCAGAGACAAGAAAACAAGCGUCAAAAAAUUCAUGUUUUCGCCACCUAUACAAUACAGAUUUCCACAGAAAUAUGAUUUAGCACAAGAGGUUAAUUUGAAUGAAAUUGCAGUUUCCAAUCAAAAUGUAGACCCAGAAGUUAUGGAAACUCAUUUAAGUAUAAUCGAUUUUUCUAUAUUUUACCGUUAUAUUUAUUAGGAUUAAAAAAAGGGAAAUUUAUAUAUAUAAGGAAUAAACAAAAAUUUUUAGAAGACACUAUAAAAAUAGCUGAAUAUAAAGAUUAUGCUAAAAAACAAAAAGGUCUUUUAUAUGUGGUAAAUAUCAAUGAAAAAGCCCCUGACGAACAAAAACGAGAAUGGAGAAGAGACUACGAAAAAAAGAAAAAACGUGAAAAAGAGCGAAGAAGCAAAACAAAUUCUUCUGGGGUAACCUUAAGAGGCAAACCUAAAAUUACGUUUAGUGGCUUAGAAGAGUCAAAAGUUGAGAAAAAGCACAGAAUGCUACAAGCUUCAAGGUCUAUAAGCUGCAGUGAUAUAGAAUUUUCCCAUAGAUGGCGCUGUUUGCCCUUGAUUUGCCCACUGGGAAAAUUUUUUGGUUUGACCAAACCAUAAUGUACUGGUCGAACCAAAAAAUUUUGUUCAUGGGCAAAUCAAGGGCAAACAGCGCCAUCUAUGGGAAAAUUCUAUAUAGAAAUUAUCAAAAGUGGAGGCGCUUUAGAUGUAAAAAGUGAAAUGGAAGCUAAAGAAAGGAUUUAUUGUAGGCUGAAAGGAGUUUUCGAUCUUAAUUCACUUAAGGGAGAAUUCAGAGAAAGAAACUGGAUUCCAAACAAUUUCAAAGAAAAUUUGGAAAGAAUAAAUUCUGUAUUACAGUUUCCUACAUGUCGUUAA